AUGAAUCAUCAAGGGUUUUUUGGAACUGCUAUUAAACGUAACUCUAAACAAUUACAGACUUAUAGGGGAGAGUAAAAUUUCACUAAUAAGUUGUUUGUAAAUGAUAAUCUUAGAAAAAUCUAAUUACCAAAAUAACUUACUUAUGAAUAUUGUUUCUCAUUAGAGUAAGGAGUACAAGGUAUAAAGAUGGGAAUCAAAUCUCCAUCGAAAUAAUUUAAAAAAUCCAAGAAUUAUAAAUAAAAUAUUGAAAAUACACCUUAUUUGCCUGAAGCUUUAAAGAUUUCUUAUAAUUAACAAUAAAUCAUUCGUGAUUUGUCUCCUUUGACCAAAAUUAGAAGGUGCAAAAAGGAUGAGACUAAUUAAAAUCAAAAAUUACUAAUAUUAGAUUAGUAGUUUUUUGAUUUCUAAACAAAUAAAAGAAUACGAGCCUAAUCAUUUGUUGAAGAAAGAUCCUUUUAUCCAGAUUAGAAGAUGAAAAGACCUCAACUCAAUUCGAUUGUAUGCAGAAAUAUUCGUAGCGAUUCAUUUCGAUUAUAAGAAAAUUAAUCUUAAAAUUACUGA